ACACACACAGAGAGAGAGAGAGAGAGAGAGAGAGAGAGAGAGAGAGAGAGAGAGAGAGAGAGAGAGAUUGACGGAGGAGGGACAAGACAUCGUUGUGGCAGCGCGUGCGGCAGUUAAACCACACACGCGCUCUGUCUCUCCUACAGAGCAUUGGCACUCUCUCUUACACACACGGUUUCUGAUACACACACACACACACACACACACACACACACACACACACACACACACACACACACACACACACACACACACACACGUACAGACUUGCGAGCGCGUGCUGAGAGCAUGGAGCGUCCGUCGGCGUCUCCAGCACGCGACAGAGCCGGAGAGCUGCGCGUUUAACGGAUUAUGGAGAGCAGCAUGUUUCUGGGUAGUGUGUGUCAGGGUGGCUUGGUGCCAGCUCUGGUUCGAGCUCCUCUUCCCCAGGUUCACUCAUCUGUGGGCCUCAAACACUUCCUUCCAUUCUCGCUAGAGGCGAGCCCCGCCCUCAACCUGUUGCCCACAUUCAGCUCGAUGGACGCAGUUCAGAAAGCAGUCCUACAUCACACAUUUGGCAUCUCUACUUCGUCUAAAAGGAAGUACGUCUCCUGCAACGUUUGCCAACUGCGAUUUAAUUCACAGAGCCAAGCGCUGUCCCACUACAAAGGCACCAAGCACGCCAAGAAGCUUAAAUCUCUGGACGUGCCCAAGUGCAAGAAGAAAAGCUUGGCAGUAAUGAGGGAAAACAGGAUGGAGCCUGAGAAGAACCUCUCACCUCCUGCUCCACCAAGCACCACCGAGAGGAAAGAAGCGAUUCCUGAUCCGUUACAUCCGGUAGUUCCUUCAUCUCCAGCCAAUUGUGGCUCCGGCGUGGCUUCCUCGGAGGCUGAAUUUACCUCAACAGAAGGACAGAGUCCAGACGUCACUCCUGGAGAAGUCCAGGACCCCGAAGCCGAGAAGGAGACGGAGGAAGAGAAAGCUUUGCGUCUUCUUUACUGCUCACUUUGCAAAGUCGCCGUCAACUCGGCAUCCCAGCUCGAAGCUCACAAUAGCGGCACCAAGCACAAGACCAUGCUGGAAGCGCGGAACGGUAACGGCUCCAUCAAGUCCUUCCCCAGGGCAGGCGUGAAAAACAAGCUACCGUCACCUAGCGUUGCAUCGACGGGCUUGCAGAACAAGACAUUCCACUGUGAAACAUGCGACGUGCAUGUCAACUCAGAGACGCAGCUCAAACAGCACAUCAGCAGCCGGCGCCAUAAAGACAGAGCAGCAGGAAAACCGUCCAAGCCCAAAUACAGCCCCUACACCAAGAGCCCAAAAGGACAGACCAAACAGCAAAUAGGAAAUACACCAGUGAAGCUGCCUCUGAGUAAGGACAUGGGCCAGCCUCUGACCGCCACAAUAGUGCCCUCCCAUCUGGCAGCCGUUGCUGCGGCAGCCGCCGCCACCUUCCCACUUCGCACCAGCCAUACCCCGUCUCUUUUCCAGACUCAGUCUCUCCCCACACUUCUUCGCCCUGCACCUGGGCCUAUUAGGACCAGCCAUGCAUCGGUACUAUUUGCUCCCUACUGACCUCCGAACUGUGAUUCUGGAUUAAGUCUGAAGCACCAUCUCAGCGCUAAUUUAAUUGUGGUUCAGUCAUGUGGAUUAUUGCCUUUUUUGUCCAUCGUCACACAAGAGUACUGUACGGAUUUGCUUCUGUGUGAUAUUAUACCGCAAUAAUUAAAAAGACAAACCAGGUAACUAUGCAUUGUCAUCACCAAAUGACACACUGACUCUAAGCUCUAAACGGACUUAAGGAUAUAUUCUUUUAUAAUUUGGUCAUCAUUGCUUUUGGAAAAAAAAAAAGAUGUAGGAGAACAGAGAGGCUUAAGUAUGGGAAAAGAAGUUCUACUGCUCAGCUGUUUGCACUUUAAGCCCUUCCUUCUGUGGAUGUCUUCAGUGCUUUAGAUCAGUAGAACGUGAUUUAUUCCUUCCUGUAUUUUGUUUUUAUUUGUACGUAUGUGCAUUUGGUGUCGUGCGAAUGGAAAAUGGAGUUGGGGAAAAAAGUGAAUUACUGCUGAUUUAUUACCUGCUAAGCAAAAUGUGUGUGUGUGUGUGUGUGUGUGUGUGUGUGUGUGUGUGUGUGUGUGUGUGUGUGUGUGUGUGUGUGUGUGUGUGUGUAU